GGCUAUUUGAUUAGUAGUUAUACCCAUGGAGGCCAAAACUUGAAAUUCCCGGGUAAAGGAAAGAAAGAUGGAUCAUUUCUUCGGGGAGGAAUGUUUGCAGAUUGAUGCCUUCUGGGAUGUUCUUGGCCCAGUACUUGACCAAAGUGCUUUCCAGCCAUAUACAAGCAUACCCAGAAGUGAAAUUGCUGCAAAUAGAUCAAAUUCUACUAACAUGAACAAGAGAAUGAUAGAGUUCAUGAAGAGAAGUUUUCCAGUAGUAACUACUGAAACUCAAAAAUCUGAUGACAGCACAAGAUGUUAUCGUCGAAAAAUGAGCGAGAGAUUGAGGAGAGAAACGGAGAAGACAGGGUACUUAGCCCUUUACUCUGUAUUGCCCCCUGGCACCAAGAAGGAUAAGAACUCGAUUAUGCAAAUGGCGUCAAAGAGAAUUCAGGAGCUGAAAGGAUCUAAGGAAGUGUUAGAGAGGAGAAACUAUGAGCUUGAAGUGAAAUUGGAGGAGAUGAGAAUCAGAAAUGAAUCCACGAGUGGAAAGAUUCAGUUCAAAGUACAUUAUCCAGGAACAUCUGGAAUGACUUAUAUGGUGGAGGUUCUCAAGUGCCUGAAUAGCUUGGGAUCCAAAAUCAGAAGCAUCGAAUCAAGCUUUUCUGAUCAAGGAAUUGCAGCAGUGAUGGAUAUUGAAACCCAGAUUUCAGAAGCUGAGGUAAGAAAGGAAGUGCAGAGGACGUUAGAAGAUCUGCAAUGGAAACUUCAAUUUCAUUUCCUAGAAUAUUAGAAAAGCGAUAAAGAAAUGGAGUUGGUCACUUCGGCCCUGAUAGUUUUCAAUCUUUUACUUCGUACCAAGAAAUGCAAACGUGUUUGUUCUCAAAAUAAUUUUAAGAAAAGAAAAAAAGAAAGCAAACGCGUCGUAUGACAGAAGUCAGUUAGCCUGUAACGUGUAAACAUCUCUGACCCUUCCAAAAGAAACUUCAAUAGUGAAAGCAACAACUUGCAUUUUUUUUA